AUGCAACAAGCGCGGCUUCUUAACCACGUUGUAGCCCUCUUCCAUCGCACUUUGAGAUUGAAACUACCUACUUUUACCAAGGCUCAAUCACGCUUUCUUUUCAUAUUCAUACUUGCGUAUCUUGCCGUCCUUCUUCUGCUGCGCUGGCGGGUUUCCCAUGACCCUGGCUCUCCCUUCUUUACGGUCCAAGGUUAUGCGCCCAAGUACAGCCUGACAAGACUACAGCAAGCCCAGACUUUUUUACAAAACAUUGUCCAUUCUGAUAUAGAGAGGAUCAAGAAAAUAGAACAUAUUAACGAAAUAGGUCCAACAUUGCCACGUCUGUGUAUUGGCAUGCCGACUGCCCGGCGUUCUCAGGAGCAAUACGUUGAUAUCACCAUCGCUUCGCUUUUCGCUCAACUGACUCCACAAGAACGAGCGCAGAUACUAUUCAAUCUACUCAUCGCUCAUACGAACCCGGAUGAACAUCCUUUUUACGAUGGGUCGGCAUCGACCGUGAAUGCAUCUCGACUGGCCGACAAUGUCCUCUUCUAUCAUGAUAUUGCUGGCGGCUCAAAGGCAAUGACAAACACGAUCCGUCAGCUUGAAGAAAAAGGAAAAUUUCAUGAAAAGUCGUAUUACGACUACGACCUUUUAUUACACCAAUGUGCUGCUUCCAUGGCUCCGUAUAUUUUGAUCCUGGAAGACGAUGUUCUCGCACAGGAAGGCUGGUAUGCUCGAACAAUGGAGAGCUUACAGAAGCUGGAUACCGAGCCGGGAAUUUCCCGUUUGGGAGGUGAAUGGUUAUAUCUACGGCUUUUCUUCACCGAAAAGUUCCAAGGCUGGCAUAGAGAACACUGGCCUUCUUAUCUGCUCUGGAGCUGUGUUACAGUUACACUGGUAGCCGUCGUUCUGCUUUUUCUUCGUUUCCGACUGUCCUCAUCGUCAGCAUCUUGGUCGUCGUUGCCUUACCCACACUUAUUUCCCCAGAACCCGGACCUGAAGAACCACCACAUGCUAUCUCUUCCAUUCAUCUUGAUCUUGACUUUUAUAUGUGUCCCAGCCCUUAUAAUACUGUAUUUUGCUGCUGGCCCUCAAACAGUACAGCCGCUCCGUCCCGGGAUUCAUGUCAUGAACAACUAUGGCUGCUGCUCACAAGCCUUUGUCUUUCGGCGGACGAUGGCUCUCAAGUUAUUGGACUGGUUUGAUGAACGUAUCGCGGCUGACAUAAAGUCCACUGAUCCCAACAACGAAAACGGACGGAAAUAUCUCCGUGGCUCUGUCGACAGCGCGAUGGAGGUCUUCGCCAAUGAGCAGAAUCUGCAGCGAUACGCCCUUGUUCCUAGUGCCUUCCAGCAUAUUGGAGCUCAGACGUACAAAGAAAGCAAAAACUCAAGAGCACGAGAGUUGUAUAAUAUUAGUGGUGCUCGUGGGAUUUGGAGUUUCGGGUUUGAGCAACUCGUUCCACCGGCGUGA